AUGUCCUUCGCCAUGCUGCGCUCAGCCCCCAGCCGGUACCUCUACCCCGAGAUCAGCAUGCUGUCCGAGGACGAGGAGAACGGGAGUGAGAGCUCCAGCUCCGAGGAGAAGCCCUACCACCUGGACACCGGGCCCUACGGCCUGAAGGGCGGAAAGCGCCGGAGCAGCAAGAAAUCCAAUCGACUCAACCGGGAGCCCAGGCAGCGCCACACGGCCAACGCACGGGAGCGCGACCGCACCAACAGCGUCAACACCGCCUUCACCGCCCUACGGACGCUCAUCCCCACCGAGCCGGCCGACAGGAAGCUCUCCAAGAUCGAGACGCUGCGGCUGGCCUCCAGCUACAUCUCCCACCUGGGCAACGUGCUGCUGGUCGGGGAGGCCUGCGGGGAUGGGCAGCCCUGCCACACCACCCCAGGCUUCUACCACCACAGCAGCAGCAGCAGCCCCCCACUGCGGGAGAGCGAGAACUCUCAGCCCAAACAGAUCUGCACUUUCUGCCUCAGCAACCAGAGGAAGCUGAGUAAAGACCGAGACAGGAAGACGGCGAUUCGGAGCUAGGCCGUUUCGGAAAGGAGGAGCGGGAGGAGGAGGGAUGGAAAAGCCACACACACUAAACAAAGACACGGAUAUUCCUGCCUUCCCCCUGCUGCCACCGAGCUGCACCCGGAGGAACGCGCCGGCCCCGGACACACCAAACAUCCUCCUGGCCGGGCUGCGGUGGCAGAUGGCAGACAGGGACCUGGGAGCUCCAGAAGGCUCCACAGAUGGCAGGACUUCGAAGGAUCAUACCCGCGGCACCAGGACACGGCGUGCGACAGCGAAGGCAACGCCAGCCCCCGCCCAGUGAACCAGAGGG